AUGACAGAUUUUAGUAUUCCGGUGAGGAAAUACAGUUUCUACACGAUGUUGGAGCUAGCUCCACAGGGUUUUGACAUGGUAAAAGCUCCAACACUAAUGGAUAAAUGGAAGCAUGUUUCUUCUGAAGGGCGGAUACACUUGAUGUUUUCAAAUACAAUAGAUAAUAGGCUUGUCAUGAAAGUUGUGUCUCAGCCUUAUUUACAGGAGUUGGAAGUGAUUGAUUUCUGUACGCUUAGGGACUCUUUUGUUGGAUUUAGUCAAGAACCGUUUCAAUUUUCGGCUAAGGCACCGUCGAUAUCUUGUAAGUACCUAGUUCGAAACGAUGAUAUGAUUGUUGUCAGGCGAUUUCAAUUAGGUUUUCAUAAUGGGGUUGAUUUUGUUCAAGCAAGGGAUAUACUCCAUAAAUUAGGGUUUGUUGUAAAGCCUGCAGUUACUACAAGAACUAAUACUGUGGUUUCGCAGUCGCAGUCUUUCUUCUUUCCCCAAAACCAAACUACUCAAGCCCUUAACAAUAAUUUUUCCUUUUAUAAUCCAGCACCGUCUAAUAAUGCAAACCCGUGGCAGAACUCACAACAGAACAUGUUCCAAAGCAAUAAUAACAUGGAUUUUUUCUUGUCACAGAGCACACCUGUACAGGCAGCGAAGGGAACCUCUUUUCAAGAAAGAAUGCAGACUAUGGUGACGCAACAAACACCGGAACCUUCUAUUGAAAGAGAAAAGGAAAAGGAACAAGAAUUAGAACAUCCCUUCAAUAAUAUCCGCGAAGUUGAGCAACUCUUCCAGAAACCCAACUUACAGUCCUUACAGAAACAAGAGCAAAUUCAGCUACCAGAUACGACAGCUUCUAAGCUAAUGGCUUCAAAAAAAGUAGGAUCAGAUACGAUACCAGAAGCUAGCAAAGGAGAUUGUGACGAAACUCCAAAAAAUACUAUGGAGUUAGUAACAAUGGAAAAGAUCAGGUCUAAAAUAAAAGAUCCUGAUUUCAUGGCAUGGGUACGUUCAGUUAAAUAUACAAGAAUACCAUUUCAAUCUGAUUAA